AACCAAAUGAGCCAUUAAUUUCGCUCUUUCUUCCUUUUAAUUUUUUUAGAGGAUCAGAAGUGAGUUUCAAGAAACAUUGAAAAGAUGUCUCUACUUGGGAAGGUAGAAGCUGAAAUAGAGAUCAAGGCCUCUGCGUAUAAGUUUUAUGAGGUUAACAGCAAGCGAGUAGCUGAGGCACCGAAAUUUUGCCCUAACUUUAUACAAAGUGUUGAUUUAGUUGAAGGUGAAUGGGGACAAGAGGGCUGUGUCGUUUGCUGGUAUUUUAUCUUCGAUGGGAAAGCUGUAAUGUCUAAGGAGGUAAUGGAAGCCAUUGAUGACAAAAACCAUUCAGUCACUUUCAAGGUGAUUGGAGGAAUACUCAUGGAGUUGUACAAGAGUUUCAAAUUCGUUGUUCAAGCCACUCCAAAGGGUGAGGGGAGCUUGGUCCGUUGGACUUUGGAAUAUGAGAAACUGAAUGUCGAUGAUCCUGAAUCAAACACAAUGCUUGAAUUUGCGAUUGGUCUUACAAAAGAUAUCGAUGCUCAUCUUACCCACGAAUAGCUCGGAAGAAAGAUUAUAGCUUGCGUAAUUUUUUUUUUUUUUUGAGAAAUAAGCACAAUGUGUUUGUGUAAAAUAAAACUUUUGAGAGCUUUAAAGACUAGAGCUUCCUCAUUUAUAGGUAAAAUAAGCACAAUAUGUACUCAUUUAUGGGUACCACUAGAGCUUCCUCAAUUGCCUCCUGUAGCAUGUUAUCUAUAUUGGAUACAUGAAAUUAAUAAUGCUUCCUACUA